UGGCUUUAAUGAUAAUGCGAUUUAGUGUUCGCUGUCUGCACGUGUGUUGUCUUUCAUUGUCAGUUGUACGGCGGUUGAUCUUUGUUUUUUCUGUUUUCAAGCUUUCGCGGUUGGUUCAUUAGUUUUUAGUGUAUCUUUUCGAACUAUCGCCCGCCGACGGGACACUAUGGUGUACAAAAAACGGAAGAUUAAGGUGUUCCGAGGCAAAAAGAAAAAGGAAUCAAUAGACGUCGUGAUAGAAAAACUCAAAAAAUCGUACGAACAGAUUGAUCCAAAUGCUAUUGAGAAAUUUGAACAUUUUCCUUUAUCUGCUCCAACCCUAAAGGGAUUAAAAGAUAAUAAAUACAAUGUUCCAACUGAAAUACAACGCGAGAGUAUUGGUUAUAGUUUACGUGGUGAGGAUAUAUUGGGUGCAGCUAAGACUGGUAGUGGCAAAACACUUGCUUUUUUAAUACCGGUAUUAGAAAUUUUGUAUUGCAACAAAUGGACUCGUACAGAAGGAUUAGCUGCAUUAAUCAUAACUCCAACAAGAGAGUUGGCAUAUCAAAUAUUUGAAACAUUACGUAAAAUUGGUGUCCAUCAUGAUUUUUCAGCUGGUUUGAUUAUUGGUGGUAAAGAUUUGAAGUUUGAGCGUAAACGUUUAGAUCAAUGUAAUAUAAUGAUUUGUACACCUGGUCGUUUGUUGCAACACAUGGAUGAAAAUCCAUUAUUUGAUUGUUCUAAUAUGUUGGUAUUAGUACUAGAUGAAGCGGAUCGUUGUCUUGAUAUGGGUUUUGAACAAACCAUGAAUAGUAUUAUAGAUAAUUUGCCUCCUGAAAGGCAGACUCUUCUAUUUUCAGCAACUCAAACCAAGUCUGUAAAAGAUUUGGCAAGACUCAGUUUGAACAAUCCUCAUUUUAUUUCAGUCCAUGAAGCUUCUAAGCACAGUACACCCGCAGGUUUAGUACAAAGUUAUAUGGUGUGUGAAUUACAUGAUAAAAUGAGUCUCCUAUGGUCUUUCAUUAAGAAUCAUUUACACCAUAAAGUACUUGUAUUUAUGUCUAGCUGUAAACAGGUAAAAUAUUUUUAUGAAAUAUUAUGUAAACUUCGACCUGGAACUAGUCUUUUAGCAUUGUAUGGUACUAUGCAUCAAACAAAACGUAUGGCUGUGUAUGAGUCUUUUAGUAGAAAGCAGCGUUCAGUUCUUUUUGCAACAGAUAUUGCUGCUCGAGGACUUGAUUUUCCUGCUGUAAAUUGGGUUGUUCAAUUGGAUUGUCCAGAAAAUGCAAAUGAAUAUAUUCAUCGUGCUGGUAGGACAGCCAGAUUCCAAAAGUCUGGAGAAUCACUUCUAGUUCUUUUGCCUUCUGAACUAGCUAUUUUGGAGCAAUUGGAAAACAAGAAAAUACCAAUUCAAGAAAUAAAAGUUAAUCCAAAUAAAUUGACUUCAGUGCAACGGACAUUGGAAGCAACUUUGGCAAAAGAUCAUAUUUUAAAAGAAUCUGCUCAACGAGCAUUUGUUUCUUACAUCAAAUCUGUAUUCUUAAUGAAAGAUAAAAGUGUGUUUGAUGUUUCAGCUUUAGAUACGGAUGCAUUUGCUAGGUCAUUAGGUUUAGCAAUUCCACCCCGGGUACGAUUCCUACAAAAAUGGAAGAAAGCUAAAGAAUUAAAAAAAAAAGAAAAGGAAACACUUGCUCAAAGUAUGGUUGACAAUCUUAGUGAGAAAUUAAAUAAAUCAUCUGACUCAGAAGUUUCUGAAGUUGUUGAAGAUGAACCUCAAUUAAAUCGAUCAUCUUUUAAAGAUUCUUAUAAUUUCCAUGAUGAUGAUAACAGUGAUGAAGAAAAUGAUGAUUUAUUUACUGUAAAACGGAAAGAUCACAAUAUUCUAGAAGCUGAUGUCUUGGAAAGCGAAGGAGAGUUACAAACUGAUAUUAGCAAUAAGAAGAAAAAAAAACCUUUAACUAAAGCAGCAGUGGCGAAAAAAAUGAUUAAAAAGCAAAUCAAACCAAAUCAGAAAACUGUUUUUGAUGAAACUGGAGAAGCUGUAUUGGAUAAGGCUAAAACAAAAGUUUCACGUUUAGCCAGAGAAUACGAGAAUAAUGAUGACAAGGGCGGUAUUGAUAUAGAACAAGCCAAACAAAUGUUGCGCGAGGAGGAUGUAUAUGACAAACAACUGUUCCGAGAGAAGGUUAAAGCUAAACACAGAGAAGAAAAGAGAAAAGCCAAAGAAGAAGCUAAGAGAGCAGAAAUGGAAGGUGCAAGUUCUAGUGACGAAGCAUCUGUUGAUUUGUCUUGGUUACCUGAUCCAGACAAGGUAUAUGGUAAACGGGAAAGUGGGGAUUCAGAUGAUGAGUUAAAUACUCAAUCAGGUUCUGUGUUAGAGCUUGAAUCAGAAGUCGAUGAAGAAUCAUCCAAUAUCCAUAGACCACCUAAACGGAAGUUACUAACUAAUAAAAACAAUAGUAAAAAACGUAGAAAACUUGAAGAUUUGGAUGAACCUAUAAACACUGGUUUAAGUCUUAUGGAAGAUGAAGAGUUAGCACUGAAAAUGUUGGAUGCGUUGUAAGAUUUUCUUUGAUAUUUAUUUUAUUGUUUAAUUUUUUUUUUAUUCAAUUAAUUUAAAAUUAAAUCAUAAAAUGUGGAAAAAAUUAGAUUAUACUAUGUGUCCUUUAUAUGCAAUAUGUUACCUGUAAUGUUGAUGAUUUUUUGAAUAAUCAGAUUAAUUGAAAAUCA